AUGGAGUUCAAAAAACACGAUCUUGCGUUCUCGUCGGCUGCCGACGCUGAGCCAGGGUCCAAGCGCGAGUCCACCGAGUCGUUCGACCUCACAUCCUCGCCCAGUUCCGGCGCAAAACCGUCGGGAGGCGAGUUGAAAAGAACGUUUUCCACCUACUCCAUCAUCUCCAUCGGGUUUGGGCUCACCAACUCGUGGUUCGGCAUCUCGGCCUCCUUGAUCACCGGUAUCCAGUCGGGAGGCCCCCUCUUGAUCGUGUACGGCAUCAUCAUCAUCGCGUUUGUUUCGUACUGUAUUGGUGUAACUCUUUCGGAAUUGUCCUCUGCCAUUCCCUCUGCUGGUGGCCAGUACGUGUGGUCGAGAGUUUUGGCGCCUAAGAAGCACUCCAGCUUCUUUGCCUACUUGUGUGGCACCUUGGCGUGGGCUGGCUCCAUUUUCACCUCGGCUUCCAUGGCCCUAGCCAUCGCUAACGAGUUGAUGGGAUUCUGGGUGCUCUCGCAUCCCUCUCACGAGGUCAAGAAGUGGCAGCUCUUUGUUAUCUACCAGCUCAUCAACCUCUUCCUUGUCUUGUUCAACUGUUAUGGUAAGUGGUUGCCCUACUUGGGAACGGCCGCGUUGUACACCUCGCUCACCUCCUACGUGAUCAUUCUCAUCACAGUGUUGGUUUGCUCCAGAGGUAACUACAACACCGCAGACUUCGUAUUCACCACCUUCGAAAACAACACUGGCUGGGGCUCGGCUGGAAUCGCCUUUAUCGUGGGGUUGAUCAACCCCAACUGGUCGUUCUCGUGUCUCGACUCAGCGUGCCACUUGGCUGAAGAAACUGAAAAGCCCAGAACUGACAUCCCCAAGGCUAUCAUGGGAACUGUUACCAUCGGCUUCCUCACCUCGUUCACCUACGCCAUCGCCAUGUUCUUCUGUAUCCGUAACUUGGAAGACAUCUACAACUCUGGCACUGGAAUGCCUAUUCUCGACAUCUACUACCAGGCUCUUGGCAACAAGACUGGUGCCAUCUGCUUGGGGUCCUUGAUCUUCUUGACUGCCUGUGGGUGCACCAUUUCGUGCCACACCUGGCAGACAAGACUCUGCUGGUCGUUCGCCAGAGACAACGGGUUGCCCUUCUCCAAGUACUUGGCCAUUGUGGACCCCAAACUCGGAGUGCCUUUGAAUGCCCAUCUUUUUUCGUCGUUCUGGGUGGCCAUUUUGGGGCUCCUUUAUCUUGCUAGUGAUGCUGCCUUCAAUUCUAUGGUGGUUGCUUGUAUCACCUUCCUUUUGCUCAGUUAUCUUGUUCCUACAGCUGCUCUCCUCUACAGAGGAAGAAACAACAUUAAGCACGGUCCCUUCUGGUUGGGAAAGAUCGGUCUUUUCUGUAAUAUCGUCACCGUUUUCUGGGCAUUUUUUGCCUUGGUUUUCUUCUCCUUCCCAUCGUUCAUGCCUGUGAACGCAGGCAACAUGAACUAUGCCUCUGCGGUCACUGCUGUCUACAUUAUCUGGGCGUUGGCCUACUGGUACUUCCCAUACAAGCCAUGGUCAUGUCGAGAGACAUUUGCUGGUGGUUUGGGCAGCAAUGAGGAGGUGGAGUUCCCAGACGUUUGUCACGAUAAAAUCUUGUAG